AGGGUCUACUUUUUUUGUUUUUAUUUUAUUUCAAUUGACUAAUUUUGUUUACUUAUGAUAAGCUAUCAACAGAGAUAAAGUUAAAUUACACUUCAAAUCAAAAGUAAUAAGUAUGGCGAAUUUACUGAUCAAUUUGAUCAAAAGUAUUUACUGGAAACCCUUAAAGAUGAUCUGGAUUAUCAAGCUAUUGGUGACAACAGUCUUAAUAUCGAAAGGCUAUUCAACACAAGAUUAUGAAAGGACUAUUAUCGAUUGCUGCAAACUAGGACAAGAUUUUGCAGAUCGUUGGCCUUCAAUUGGCUGCUCAACAAGUAACCCAACUCUUUUAUCUAGUCUUAAUGUCACAAAUGGAUAUUUUACAGACUGUGAGAUAACUUUUAGUCUCUGCUGCUCGGCUCGUCAUCAAUCAGUCAACUGUGACCAUGGCAAAUCACUGGCUCAAUCAUCGACCGAAAAGUGUACCCCAUCCAUCAACUUACCUCGUUAUACUGAACAUUCAAGUGCUGUUUAUGAAUGUUGUCAAGCAUGUAAACUGGGAUCUAUUGCUCGAGAAGAAGGAAGAUCUUGUUUACUAACAGCAAGUCUAAAUUUUACUAAAAAUUGGAUAAAAUCGUUUACUGAAUGCUGUCAAGCAGAGUCAAAAUCACCCAGAGAUGAUUCUCGUGAACGUGAAACAGAUACAUCAGAAACAAAAAGCGUCUGUGAAAAUGGUUAUCUCGACUCAAACGAAAGAUGUAAAUGUAAUCAAGGUUACAAGUUGAAUCCCUCUGGGUCAUCAUGUGUAGAUAUAAAUGAGUGUGUAGAGCUUGACAGAGCUUGUGCUCCAUGGCAAAGUUGUAACAAUCAACUUGGCUCGUACAAUUGUACUAAUAAACCAAUACACCAACUAUCAAGAUUCAAUCAGUAUUUAUCAUCACAAGCUCCUUGUCCACCAGGAUUAACCAGAAGUAGCUCCGGAUGUAUUGAUAUGGAUGAAUGUGAACUUGAGCCUCCUGUUUGUCAUUCAACGUUGGAGACUUGUGUCAAUAUACUUGGCUCAUAUCGAUGUGAACGGCAAUCACCCAAAGUGGAUCCAUCUCAGUGUCCAGCUGGUUAUCGAUCAAUAAAUUCCCAGUGCAUUGAUAUCGAUGAGUGUUUGAUUGGAAUGCAUCGAUGUAAACCAUCAGUUGAAGAUUGUAUCAAUAUUCCUGGUUCCUAUGAAUGUCGUCCACGAAUUGACCGGUUGCAAUCAGGAAACUGUGAUCGAGGUUAUAAUCGUAACAUUGAUACCGGACUGUGUGAAGAUAUCGACGAAUGCGUUGACUUCACUCUUUGUCCCGAUACACACAGAUGUUUCAAUGUACAGGGAUCAUAUUUGUGCAUAAGAAAAAAUGAAUGUGGAACUGGUUAUGCUUACAAUUUAACAUCAGAUAAUUGUGAUGACAUUGAUGAAUGUGAGUUAACCCCAACAAUAUGUGGCUCAUCGGUAAUGUUCAAGUGUAUCAACACACCAGGAACCUAUCGAUGCACUCGAAUAGCAUGUCCACCAGGUCAGAAUCUGCAACCUGAUGGAACAUGCCAAUCAAUUCAAUGUCCAAAUGGAUUUGAGCGAAACAGCUUAGGUACAUGUGAAGAUAUCGACGAAUGCCUUAUUCCAGAGCGCUGUCCACCUGGCCAUACAUGUGUCAAUUUGGUUGGUACUUAUCAAUGUCGCUCAGUUUGUGAAAGUGGUCUCCGUUAUGAUGCUAACAGUAAUACUUGUCGCGAUAUUGAUGAAUGUUCAGAAGGAAGACACAACUGUCUUUCGGGUCAAACCUGUAUCAAUAAGUAUCGAUCAUUUUCAUGUUUAUGUCCAAUGGGACAACAAUUGGAUGAAUACCAACGAUGUGUUGAUAUAGACGAGUGUUCAAAAUAUGGUUCUGAAGUUUGUCCAGUAAAUUCAAUUUGCGUCAACAAGCAAGACUCAUUUGAUUGUAUCUGCCAAAAGGGUUACCGUAAACCGUCUUAUUCGAUAUUUGGCUGUGUCGAUAUUGAUGAAUGUGAAGAGACUCCCUGGGUUUGUCCACAUAAGUGCAUCAACACUCAAGGCUCAUAUAUUUGCUCUUGUUCACCUGGUUACAGGUUAGCUGACGAUGAAAAGACAUGCAUUGAUAUUGAUGAGUGUGCUGAAAACAUUGCCAAAAUGGCAUUCUUCUGUGAAGGUCGAUGUAAUAACACUGAAGGUUCAUACGUUUGUUCAUGUCCAGAAGGAUUUCAAGCUCGCGAUAAUAGGUUCUGUGAUGAUAUCAAUGAGUGUGAACGCAAUAAACCUUGUGGGGAAUCAAUUUGUUUAAACACAAUUGGAGGUUACAAAUGUUUCAAUCAAGACUGCCCAGAAGGUUAUAUCAGAGAUGUAGCCCAUACGCAUCGAUGCAAGAAGCCACGAAAAGCCGUUCAAUGUGUUGGUGAUCAAUGCUACGAGAUUUACAAGAAACCUUUAUCUUAUUCUUAUAGCUAUAUUUCCCUUCCCUCUGAUGUCUUGAUUCCAUCUUCUGGUAAACUGGCUUUAUUCACGGCUAGAGGACCCCUUAUACCAGGGUCAGAAGUGCUGUUCAAAUUGAAUGUAACAUCGAUUGAAGCUGAUAAUUCAACUGAGCCUGCUGUUAGAGAUGAUUUUCAUUUAGCAUCAGCUUAUAAUGAAGCCAUAAUCUCGUUGAUUAAACCUCUUAAAGGUGAACAAUUGGCUAAAUUGGAGCUUGAUUUAGAGCUUUAUCAAGGUGAUUUACCUUCAGGAACCACCAAAAUUAUACUCAUGUUACACAUUUCAAAGCAUCCUUUUCAAAAGUCCAGACGAAUGAAAUUACAAUCAAAUGAUAUAAGGAAGUAACCACAGAAUUGAUUGAAUUUUCAAAAAACGUUAAAUUGUAAAAAAAGUCAGACCAUAAAAUCAAAUUAUUUGGCUUCGCAAGUCAAAUUAAUAAUUCUAGUUUCGUUAAUCAUGAAAAGCAAAAAAAUAUUGCUUAAAUUAAUCAAAAUCAACAAGAUGGCAUUAUUUUACCAUAAAUUAAAUGAUUUCACUUCAAGA